GUCCCACCCACUCGCGUCAGCCGCGCUCCUCCUCCUCCUCCGCGAAGACGGAAACCUGAGGAGGAACGAGGCGGCGGCGGUGGAGAAGAAGCGCCGGCGAGAUGGGGGACUCCAAAGUGAAGGUGGCCGUGCGGGUCCGGCCCAUGAAUAGGAGGGAAAUGGAUCUGCAUACAAAAUGUGUGGUGGACGUGGACACAAACAAAGUUAUUCUUCAUCCUGUGAACACUAACCUUUCAAAAGGAGAUGCAAGGAGCCAACCAAAGGUGUUUGCCUACGAUCACUGCUACUGGUCCAUGGAUGAAGCUGUCAAAGAAAAAUAUGCAGGCCAAGAUGUUGUUUUCAAGAGUGUUGGAGAGAACAUUCUACAGAAUGCUUUUGAAGGCUACAAUGCAUGUAUCUUUGCCUAUGGACAGACUGGGUCCGGGAAAUCUUACACGAUGAUGGGCACGGCUGACCAGCCUGGAUUAAUUCCUCGCCUGUGCAGCACUCUCUUCGAAAGAGCCCAGGCAGAGGAGAAUGAAGAGCAGAGCUUUAAAGUGGAGGUGUCCUACAUGGAGAUUUACAAUGAGAAAGUCAGAGAUCUGCUCGACCCAAAGGGGAGCCGCCAGUCUUUAAAAGUCAGAGAGCACAGUGUUUAUGGACCAUACGUAGAUGGGCUUUCUAAACUGGCGGUUGCCAGCUACAAGGACAUAGAGUCUUUGAUGUCUGAAGGCAAUAAAUCUCGGACAGUUGCUGCAACCAACAUGAACGAAGAGAGUAGUCGAUCCCAUGCAGUUUUCAAGAUUAUCCUCACACACACAUUGUAUGACGUAAAGUCAGGGACAUCUGGUGAAAAAGUGGGCAAGCUGAGCCUUGUUGACUUAGCAGGCAGCGAAAGAGCAAGCAAGACAGGAGCUGCAGGUGACAGGCUGAAGGAAGGAAGCAACAUCAACAAGUCCCUCACAACUCUUGGGUUGGUCAUUUCUGCCCUUGCGGACCAGGCUGCCGGGAAAAACAAGAACAAAUUUGUUCCAUAUCGUGACUCAGUGCUCACUUGGCUACUCAAAGACAGCCUUGGUGGCAACAGCAAGACGGCUAUGGUUGCUACGGUGAGCCCGGCGGCAGAUAAUUACGAUGAGACCCUUUCCACUCUCCGGUACGCCGACCGGGCCAAGAACAUUGUGAACCACGCUGUGGUGAAUGAAGACCCCAACGCCCGGAUCAUCCGAGAACUACGGGAGGAAGUGGAGAAGCUCAGGGAACAACUAACCAAAGCAGAAGCUAUGAAAUCUCCAGAACUGAAGGAACGCUUGGAGGAGUCUGAAAAACUGAUCCAGGAGAUGACUGUGACCUGGGAAGAGAAGCUAAGGAAGACAGAGGAGAUUGCACAGGAGCGGCAGAAGCAACUGGAAAGCCUUGGCAUCUCUCUCCAAUCUUCCGGGAUCAAAGUUGGCGAUAACAAGUGCUUCCUGGUGAAUCUGAAUGCGGAUCCUGCUCUCAACGAACUCUUGGUCUACUACUUAAAGGAGCACACGUUGAUUGGGUCAGAUAAUUCCCAAGAUAUCCAACUAUGCGGAAUGGGGAUUCUUCCUGAACACUGUAUAAUAGACAUCACCUUGGAUGGGCAAGUUAUGCUGACGCCUCAGAAGAAUACUAGGACGUUCGUCAAUGGUACGGCUGUUUCAGGCCCCACACAGCUGCACCAUGGAGAUAGGAUUCUGUGGGGAAACAAUCACUUUUUCAGGCUGAACUUGCCAAAGAAGAAAAAGAAGGUGGAAACUGAGGAUGAAGACAAAGACAAUUUAAUGAAAGGAAGCAGCAGCUUGGAGCAGCUCGAUUUAGAUGGAGACAACUCCAGUGAAGUGUCCAGUGAGAUUAACUUCAGCUAUGAAUAUGCCCAGAUGGAGGUGACCAUGAAAGCUCUUGGCGGUAACGAUCCCAUGCAGUCCAUUUUGCAAAGCCUGGAGCAGCAGCACGAGGAGGAGAAGCGUUCUGCCUUGGAGCGCCAGAGGCACAUGUACGAGCACGAGCUGGAGCAGCUCCGCAGGCGCCUGUCUCCGGAGAAGCAGCACUUCCGCGCCACGGACAGGUUCUCCUCCCACUCUCCCAGUGCUCAGCAACGGCUGCGGCAGUGGGCGGAAGAAAGGGAAGAGAUGCUGAACCACAGCCUGAGGAAACUGAGGGAGCAGAUUAUGAAGGCCAACUUGUACGUGAGAGAAGCCAACUUCAUUGCGGAAGAGAUGGACAAAAGAACAGAGUACAAGGUCACUCUGCAAAUCCCAGCCUCGAGCCUUAAUGCAAACAGAAAGCGAGGCGCCGUUCUCAGUGAGCCAGCCAUCCAGGUGAGGAGGAAAGGCAAAGGCAAACAGAUCUGGUCCUUGGAGAAGCUGGAGAACCGACUGGUAGACAUGAGGGACCUCUACCAAGAAUGGAAGGACUGCGAGGAGGACAACGUGGUCAUGAGGUCUUACUUCCGGCGAGCGGAUCCUUUUUACGACGAGCAAGAGAACCACGCGCUCAUAGGGGUGGCCAACGUCUUCCUCGAAUCCCUCUUUUAUGAUGUGAAGCUGCAGUAUGCUGUGCCCAUCAUCAAUCAAAAAGGAGAGGUAUCUGGCCGUCUGCAUCUUGAAGUGGUGCGUGUGAGCGGGGACCUCGGGGAGCGAAUUGUAGGAGGCGAGGACGGCAUGGAAGGAAGCGUCGGUGAGAAUGACCUGCAGGAGCACAAGUUGGUGUGCAUGAUCAAAAUUCUUCAGGCUACUGGCUUGCCUCAGCAUCUCUCCAACUUUGUAUUUUGCAAAUAUUCUUUUUGGGAUCAGCUUGAACCAGUGACGGUGGCUCCUGAAGUGGAUCCUUCUCUUUCUCCCAUCAGCAAGGAGCCGCGAUGCAUGGUGGUCUUUGAUCAUUGCAAUGAAUUCUCUGUCAAUAUUACUGAAGAUUUUAUGGAGUAUCUUUCUGAUGGCGCUUUGGCCAUUGAAGUUUAUGGGCACAAGCAGAGCGAUCCUCGCAAAAACCCGGCGCUUUGGGAUUUGGGAAUAAUUCAAGCCAAAACGCGAAGCCUUCGAGACAGGUGGAGUGAGGUCACCCGCAAAGUGGAGCUGUGGGUGCAGAUUCUAGAGCUCAAUGAGAACGGGGAAUACUGCCCAGUAGAGGUGAUUCCAGCCAAAGACGUGCAUACGGGAGGCAUCUUUCAACUCAGGCAGGGGCAGUCACACCGGAUUCAAGUUGAAGUAAAGUCUGUGCAAGAAUCAGGAACGUUACCUCUCAUGGAGGAAUCCAUCUUAUCUGUUGGAGUGGGGUGCGUUCAGAUCAGGCACUUCAAGUCCCCCAAAAGCCACGAGAGUCAUCAGGAAGAAGAUGAUGACAUGGACAGUUACCAGGACAGGGACCUGGAGAGACUGCGUCGGAAGUGGCUGAAUGUGCUUACAAAACGCCAAGAGUAUUUAGAUAAGCAGCUGCAGAAACUUGUCGGAAAGCCUGACAAAACAGAGGACGACGCAGAUCGAGAGGCUCAGCUGUUAGAAAUGCGGCUGACCCUUACGGAAGAAAGGAAUGCUGUCAUGGUGCCUUCCGCCGGCAGCGGGAUCCCCGGAGCACCAGCCGAGUGGACACCUGUCCCUGGGAUGGAGACGCACAUUCCAGUCAUUUUCCUUGAUUUAAAUGCGGAUGACUUCAGCUCUCAGGAUAAUCUUGAUGAGCCAGAAGCUGGGGGCUGGGACGCUACCCUGAUUGCAGAAGAUGAAGAUGAAUUCUUUGAACUGCAGAUUGUAAAGCACCACGAAAGCGAGGUGAAGGCUGAAGCUUCGUGGGACUCCACAGUCCAUAACUGCGCCCAGCUCAGCAGAGGGACAGCCGCAGAGCAGAGAGUCUUCCUUAUUGUGCGGGUGACAGUGCACCUCAGCCAUCCUGCAGAAAUGCAGCUUGUCCUUCGCAAGCGGGUCUGCGUCAGCGUCUACGGCAAGCAGGGUUUUGCUCAGAGCUUGCUGAGAAGAAUGUCGUACCGAAGUUCCAUUCCUGGCUGCGGAGUCACCUUCGAAAUCGUUUCAAAUAUCCCAGAGGAUGCUCAGGGGGCAGAGGAACGGGAGGCACUGGCGAGAAUGGCAGCCAACGUUGAAAACGCUGCUUCGGCUGAUUCGGAAGCUCAUAUAGAGAAAUACCUCCGAAGUGUGCUGGCUGUAGAGAACAUUCUUACCCUGGACCGCUUGCGCCAGGAGGUUGCUGUGAAGGAACAGCUAACAGGCAAAGGGAAACUGUACCGAAAGAGCCUUAGUUCACCAAACGUCAAUCGACUCUCCGGAAGCCGCCAAGAUCUAAACCCGACGUACAGCCUCGCUACUUACAAAUGUCCAAAGGUCGUGGCAGAGAGCCGUUGGGAAAGCCAGCAAGAUGUAUCGCAAAAUUCAGCACAUUCCAACAGGUCCAGGGCAAAUCUCUCCUCCUCUCCUCAGCAGAAUGGUUCUGCUGACCCAGGACUUGGUAGCCUGGCUGCCUCGUACUUGAAUCCUGUGAAGUCCUUCGUGCCUCAGGUGCCAAAGCUGCUUAAAUCUCUGCUUCCUCUUAGAGACGAGAAAAAGGGCCGGCUGCCAUCUCCCCUUGCACAGCAGCCUGUUCCCCAAAUUACGCUUCAAUCUGCGAGCAUCGACGCCAGCGCCGCAAAAGCGAAGCAGGUCACCCAAGGGGAAGGGGCCAAAGAGCCCUCUGAGAUGGCUGUGAAGUCUACAGAGUUGGAGAAGAAUCCCGAAAGUUUACCCAAAGUGCCUCUGCAGCCGUCCACAGUGGGCAUUCAGACGCAGGACUCCCAAGAAGGGCCGCCCAGUCCCCUGAGCGAAGCGUCCAGCGGCUAUUUCUCUCACAGCGUUUCCACGGCAACCCUUUCUGACGCACUUGCACCAGGGAAUGACGCCCCCCUUCAUGCCAGCAGCCAGAUACCCACAGCAAGCGAUGCAUCCCAGCCUGCACUGCCCAUCCAGCUGGGGGCUGCCACUGACGUUCCCAUAAAACCGUGUUCCAUUUUAGCUUCCGAGCCUUGCUCUCCUUCUCUUGCAAGAGACGAUCCAGUUACCCCUGGCCUUAAUAAAACGAAUCAGGCAAGAACUAAGGACAAUGACAAAGCAAACAGUGAUGGCAACUUAAGGGCAAAGCCUAUUGCCUCUUCCAUAGCUCCAAGCGAGGACCAAGGCGUUGCCUUUCUAGCUACUGAGGGCACCAGCUACCCUUCACCAAAGAAAGAGUUGCACUUGACACAGCAGCCUGGGACUUCACCAGUUGGGAGCCCUCUUUCUGUUGCCAGAUGUGCAAACAUAGCAUCUGUCUCUGAACUGGGACCUUCCAAAUCUCCGAUCCUUCCUGAGCUAUCGCCUCAGUCCAGCAUUGCAACCUCUCCAUUCAAAAUCCAAAGAGUAAGGACCUCGGAGCUGAGGUCUUUCUCCAGCAUGCUGGGAGGAGAAGCAGGAGGGUUCUCAAGUUCGGAGGAAGAAAAGGCAGGGGAGGAGAGAAGCAGGAAGAAUUUGCAAGAUCCGGGCCAGGACAAUGGCACAGAGGCUGCCUCUGAGGAAAAACUGGAUGCAACGUCCGACUCGGAAGAAACCAACGAGGUCCCGGACUGGCUGAAGGAGGGCGAAUAUGUCACCAUUGGUACAAAUAAAACUGGAACCGUGAGAUACGUUGGCCCAACAGACUUUCAGGAGGGCACAUGGGUUGGUGUCGAGUUGGAUUUGCCAUCAGGUAAGAACGAUGGUUCAAUUGGAGGACGGCAAUACUUCAAGUGCAAUCCAGGCUACGGACUCCUUGUGAAGCCAAGUCGAGUAAAAAGGACCACGGGCACAGCAAGGCGCCGGAGUGCCGGGACACGACUGCAAGGUGGAGCACCUGAGCACCGGAAGAGCAGCGCGUUCUCGGGCUCCGCCUCCAACCUGGCUUCCCUGACUGCCUUGGCCAAAAGUGAAGGGGGGUCUGCUUUGCGAGCCGAAAAGACCCCAAAGAAUACUGAAAACAGGAAGUCGUGGGCCAACUGAACGAGGCGCGCUUACCGGGCGAGUCAGAAUGGCUGAACACUACCUUGUGAAGAUGACACUUUUUCUUUUCUUUCUUAGCGUGGCCUUACUUUGCACAACUAAGUCAACGUGGUAGAGACAGACAUAGCGGGGUGUGUAUUAAUUUCUCCCCUUGAAUUCCUUGCCAUGAAGGAGUAACAUGCUGAGACUCCUGAUGCAAGCUGUGACCCUUCCAUGCGUGCUUUUCCAGGCUCUUUCCCCACCACACAUGGACAUGCCCGCACCAGCCGUGAGAAAAACCAUAUUGGCAGUUGUGACGGCAUCCCUUUCCAGCUCCUGCGAGAGAUGUUGGCAGAGCUUGUUUCAUAGAUGGGAUGCCAAAUAUUGCUUGCUAUCCGAGCACUAUUAUCCAGAGGCUCAUCCUUAAACUAUGGGAACGCAAAGAGGAUGGUUCUUCCUGACAGAUGGAGCCCAGCUAUAAAUGGAACCGGCUUUGAGUGUUGUCCUCUGCUCUUUUCGCUGCUCUUGUUGACGUGAAUGGGAAGGUGUUGGCCCUCACUGCGCUGGAACGAGGCUUUGGGGCUAGCCCAUGUGGUGGGUUUGUUUUUUUCCAAUGCCUGAAACUUGACAAACAAACAUAUAGUUCCUCUAGCUGGUAAUAGCGAUCUAUCCCUUUUUCUGUUUAAAGAAAACGAGGGCGGGGGAAGUGCCUGCUUUAUUCUGAGAUUUUGGGUUGUGGUUUUUUUAUUAUUUCUUCAGCAGGUCCUCCGGUGCUACUGUAUUUAUAAAGUUGGUUCCCAAUAUGGUUGGUUUAAGUUUGGUCAGAGUAACCCUACAAUGGCAAAGAGGAAGCUGGAAGCCCUAAGGGGGCACCCUUCUUUGUAGCAUGGACUGUUUAGCAGUUUGUAAAGCACAAGUUCGUUCCUUUUCCCAACUUAUUUAUUUAUUUAUUGCUAAUUUUUUUUAUUUUUAAAAAAAAUCGCAGUAGCCAAGCCCUUGCGACUUACAAUCAACCCACUGCCUCCCGUUGCACAAAGGCUCACACCAGCCUCUUUCCACGCAUCUAGCUGCCCGGCCCACUGAACUGGUUUCCUCUUGCUCCUCCAUACAGGGUUCCUUUAAACAGUCUUCUUCCCUUGGAAGAAGUGGAUGGAUUAAAAUUAAUUUUCAUUAAAAUGUCUAUUAGGAAUUUGAGCUGGCAACUGGACUCUCUUGUGUUUAUAAUUCCAGUGGCCAGACCUGCAUCACUUCACAACCCACAUAGUUCAAAGAAGCCCACCAACCACAUUGCAGGGCGGGGCAGGGCUGCUUGGAAAAACCCCUGUCUUGGCAGUCCCAGGCAGGCAGUGAAAUAAGCUGUGGAGCUCCUGAUAGCCGGCCGUGACUGGUGAGCUGUGUUCAGUUUAGUGGGCCCCAAAAUUGCCCUGGCUUGCCUGGUUUAUAGUUCUCCAUCUGAAGAGGGAUAGGUGCCCCUGCUGGCUAGUGGACUGCUAAGACCUGGAGAUGAUUAUCACGUUACCUGAUGCAGGAGGCCACUUUAGACAGGUUGCUCAAACGAUCCUGCACGUCUCUUCUGCCUUGAACUCUUUCAAAACUCACAGGCUUGCUGAUGGGCAAAUUGCAUAGACAAUGAUGCAUUUGCAGGCACUAGCCAGAGGCUUGCAGGGAUUGUGCUGCCUCUCAGUCUGGUAUAGGAGAGAGCUGACACCAUGACCACUUGUGGAUAUUUGAGCUCUGUUGGUAACUUCUUUAAAAAAAAGAAGUACACAAAUGGUUUAAAUAAAGAGUCAGAAAAUGGCCUAAACUCACCAGCUUGGGCGAGUGUGGGGGGAGAUAGCCACCAAAAAACAGGCACCCUAGCUUGGGGGCUCUACUACUCCCCACAGACUAAAAAACCACCAACAUGCGAGUCCUUUCAGGGAUACCUGAAUUAAUAUUUAUUAUUAUUUAUUAAAUUUAUAUCCCGCCCUUCCUCCCAGUAGGAGCCAAUAAAGGGUGACGGGAACCAGGAAGAGCAGGAAACGACAGGGAAAGCAGCUGGACAGGCUUGCUUGAACAUUCUGCAUAUCUACAAACUUGGGAGGCUUCGAUGGGUAAGAGAUGGUGGCUGGCAGGCGGGAGAGAGAGAUGCUUUGGAGUGAACAGAGCUCCAGGACCGUUGGAGGCCCUGUGGAGUAAAAGCGGCCAGUUUCUCUCGCUCGCUCUCUAUCUCCCCGCCCCGCCCCCCUGGCAAUUUUAAUAAAAUACAAUUAUUGGGGGGGGGUAGGAAAAUAUCUCAGUGUGACAUCUUAAAUGGCUUCUCCCAGUACCAAGCUGGCUUUCUAACUGGAGGAGACACGUUCUACAUAAUGACAGACUUGUCCCACAGCUAAGAAAUAGGAGGAAAUGAGCACCGACAUCUAGGCAUUUGAUAUCCAAAGGGUUUAUUUAAAAGGAAAACAAGAAAAUGAUUUAUAGAAAGUUACAGGACAGAACAUGGUCCUGGUCCUUACAAAAUUAAGCCCAUCGGAGUCCUGUUGAAAUCGAUGGGACUUAGUUCUUGUGACUCAAUGAGGGCUAGCAGCUGCUUGCCUUUAAGUGGGGAUUUCUUGGAUUCUAUGUUAGAGGGCAGUUCCUACAUCCUGCAGUGCGGUUAUAGCAGCCUAGAGAACUACAGCCUCUGUCCUCCCUCAGUGCUGUUAUACAGGGCUGGUGGAAAACACCAGUGGCAAUAGUUUCGUACUGUCGCAGUGGUUAAGGGCAACCUUACCUUACUACUACCUACCUACUUCUUGCAGCAUGGCCAGUCCCUGGUGAGCCAGAGCUGCCCGGCAGGUAACUCAAUUCAAUGCCUUUAGCGCACGUGGUUUUUGCCAGGUUUUUCAUGCACUUUACCAAGAGGUAAGGAAGCCUCCAAGGUGUGUUGGCAGCCUACAAGCCAUAAUCCAGGUACCUCCUUUAAGACCCAAGCUGAUGUCUUCCAGCUGUUUUGGACUUCAGCGCCCAUCGGUGAGGGCACCAGGUGGGCAAAAGCUGCUUUCGACACUUGUAGCUCUUUGGCUCAGAACAGCCUCCCUCUGCUUGUGCUGUAACCCUUUCCCCCUUUGUUUGAUAUGUUAUUAAGCUACAAAGCUACAUAGUCCUUCAUGUGGAGUAGCUUUCAAGUAUGAUUUUGAAAUAGCACUGGAGACUAAACUGAAAUAAAACCAGGUCAGGAGGUUUGUUGGAUUAAAAGCUUUGCUCGGAGUCCUCGUGUGGUUUUCUGGAUCAUGGCCCCAAUCUUUCCAAGAAGAGACAUACUUCUUUUCCUUUUGUCUUUAAUUAACUGCUCUUUUUUGUUAUGAUUUGAUACUGCUGUUUUAAACUGUAGGUCUGUUUUUCGGCAAGCUAUGGCAGCUCUUAAUACAGAGCCUUGCUGGUGAGGUUUUUUCCCAUGUUAACAGAACAAAAAUGCACCCCUAUGUUAACCAGGGUGAUUUCCCUCAAUCAUUUGCACAUGGAACAGGUUUUGCAAGAUAGCUGUCUCUUAGAAGCACGUCUCCAGAAUAACUUUUCCCUCUUCUUUAAAUGAUAAAACAAAGACUUUCUAUUUUCAAAAGGUCCUCUUUAAACUCCGUCACAGAAUUCUCCAUCACUAAGACAUUUGUCUUGAAAGUUCCAAUACUUUUAAAAAUGCAGUUUCUUGCAUUUACAACUGUAUACACAUUAUUUGCAUCGAAAGCUUUUAUAGCUGAAUGGAAGGGCAUGAAGACACGUGUUGCCCUCGCCACUCGCAUUGCUGAUUUCGUUUUAACCAUGCCACAAUUCUUUCUUCUGUGCCUUAGCAGUUUGGGAACCGGUUUACCCAUUAAAUCAUGAUUGGGAAGCCUCUGGCCCGCCAGCUGUUGUUGGACUCCCAUCAGCCACGGCCACUGGUCAGGGAUGAUGGGAGUUCUGGGCCUGGAGCUUCUAGAGGACCAUACAGGUCCCCCAUCCCUGCAUUAAAUCUUCCAUACAGCAGCUGCUUUUAAAGUUUGUGCAGCCUUUUGCCCCUUGACUGCUCUGAAUUUUCUUCUUGCCGUCAUACCAACCUUGCAGGUAUUUGCACCGCUAUUGGGAUGGGGGGGAUGCUCUGAGGAUUUAAAUAAACAACCCCAUGACCAAGACCAACAGCUGCCUCCAUGACGAGCCUUUUAAUGCAACCUCCAUGUGAGGACAUGGUGUGGCUUAAACACGAUGGCAUGGCCUCGUUUGCAUGGUAGCCAUGUGGUGAGAAUAGACUCAGCGUCUUUAGAGGGACCAGGAUGGUGGGUGGGAUGGGGCAAGGGUGCCAUUUCGGGCUGGAGGCUUCUCCCCUCCCUCUUAGGGGGCAGGAAGGGCCGUAGCUCAGUGGCAGAGCAUCUGCUGUGUGUGCAGAUGGUCCCAGUUCAAUCCCCAGUGGCACCUCCAAGUAAAGCUGGGAGGGAACCUUGCCUGAAAGCCCGGAGAGCCUCUGCCAGUCAGUGUAGACAGUACUGAGCUAGAUGGACCAAUGCAGCUUCCUCUGUUACUAUGUUAGAGAGGUAUUACAUGUCAUGGUUAUGGUAGGCAUAGGAACCCUUGGUCCUCCUUCCCAUCAUCCCUGGACAUUGGCCAUGCUGGCUAGGGCUGAUGGAUGUUGGAAUCCAACAACAUUGGGAGGGCCAUGGGUUCCUUACCCAUUUUAUAACAAUAGUAGGCACUCCCUGGGCUGUAGGACCAGUGAGUUGCUGAGAGAUGUUGCAGAGGAAUAACCUCACCUGUGGUUCUCUUCUUGAAACAUAGAAGGAUUUCAUUAGCACCAACUCUGACACCAUCCUACUAAGUACAGUCAUGUCAUUCUUCAGCCAGCUCUGCUACUGCCAUUUGUUUCAGCAUCUCUGAAACAAAUUCCCGAUUUUCACUGGGGCUGGGCCAAAAGCCACCCAGAAUGCCACACUCAAGAUGGUGGUGCCAAUAGGAUACAGUAUGACUUCCACAAUUUUGUGUGUUUGUCAAACAUGGUUGGGAGUUGCUUCCGGUGAGGCCGUAUCUGGCAAGAGCCACAAGCAGAAAUUUGGAUUAUCAACUUGCAAAUUCAUCCCAAGCGUUUUAGUCUCAUGAGUGGGAAAUGUGGCCAGUUCCUGCUUAUCUACCCCUUCACACUACGCAGCAGGACAAGACACCUUUGCCAAGCCAGCACCUGGCCUAUGCAAAAUACCUUCCAACAUCACAACCGUUACAGGGACACUAACUUCCUCUGAUGUCUUCAGGUAGCCUUCUAGAAUUAUUCUUUUCUGUUGAUUUGUAUUGAUUUUAUGUUUUUUGUAAAUGUAGGGAGACUGUAUAUAAAAAACAUGGUAUUGAAAGUAUUGUUGGCUGUACCUUUCUCAAUGCGCUAAAAUCCAAAGAUUCUUGUAAUGAAGUGUAAAGUUUUUAAUGGUCUCUUGUAUUAUACUAAAUUUGUAAUAUUGUACCAUAUCUGUGAUAUGAUGUAUGCUACCUAAAUAAACACCUCCCCUUAUGUUA